AUGUUUUGCGCAAUUAGUGGUAAACCACCCAGAGUUGCUGCCAUUUCUCCCAGUUCGAAAUGUGUCUUUGAGAAGAGUUUACUGGAACAAUAUGUUAAAGAACAUGGGAUAGAUCCGGUCUCUAAUGAGCCUAUCACUGUAGAUCAGAUUAUAACAGUAGCACAGUCCCCCUUACAACAUUCGUUGAAUGAUAAUCUCAAUUCCGCUACAUUGAACAGUAAUUAUAGUAUCCCAAGUUUGUUGUCCACUUUGCAAAAUGAAUGGGAUGCACUGAUGCUCGAGAACUUCAGUCUAAGAAAACAAUUAGAUCAAAUUACCAAAGAAUUUUCUACAGCUUUAUUUGAAAGAGAUGCUGCAAAACUUGUGGCUGCUCGUUUAUUACAAGAAAAGAAUGUAGCUCUCAAUGAUAUUAAGACGGUGGUAUCUACUUAUGCAGAGGCCAGUAGGAGUAAUAAUAACCUCAUGGAAGACUCAUCUAUUAAAGAUUCACAUUCAGAUAUGUCGAAAUCGAUGGUUAGUGACUCCCAAGAUUUUGUGAAAGAAACAAAAAAGCAUAUUCCAAAGGAACUAGUUUUGCCAGAAGGUGAUAAUGUAUUUGAAGCUAAUUCGACAUCUGAAAAACUAGCUUCCGGGAUGAUAUGUUUCCCAAGAAUAACAUAUAUUGAGGAUAAGAAGCGUAUCCCUAGAAUAUUCCAGGAUCCAUUAAGUCUAUCAAUAAUUUAUGACUCUUUCUCUAAUCAAAAAAAGUUUGAUAUCCCAGAAACAUGGACUGUUGGGAAUGAAGCAUUAUUAUCCAUGUUAUGUUUAACGAAUGAUGAGAAUAUAGUGGUUGCUCUUACAAGAGAUAACAAACUUGUAGUGUAUGACCUUGAGAAACAAGAGACUUUAAAUAGUAUUUAUUUCGAAGUUAAAGAUGUGAUAUAUAUAUGUUGUCAUGAGAGAGUCAUGAAGGAUUGUAUUCUAAUAGUAAAAAGAGAUGGAACAGUGGCGUAUGUUAACUAUAAAAAGUAUACCGCUGAUGAAAAUUCAAUUAUAACCGUUAUUUCUGGAGAGCCAUCCGUGUCUUAUCAAUAUGCUCAGUUACAUAAAGAUGGUUUACUUCUAGCAUUGGGCGAUAAAGUAUCCGUUUCUUUAAUAAAUUUAUCAAAUCCGUUAGAUCAACCUAUAGUUUUCCAAUGCAACCGAGAGAUUCCUAGCGACGGGGGUUUAACUAAAGUUUUCUUCCCAAGAAAUGGGUACUGGAUGAUGGUUCAAUCUGAAGCAGAGAUAUUUACAUUUGAUUUACGUAAGGAUGAUCAUUCUGUUUUGGCCACACCUCCUAUCAAACUUUCGCAGAAUAAGCUCACGAGAUGGGAUCUUGAUCUUAGUGGGAAAACUCUUGUCAUUUCAGAAUCAGAGGGCACUAUUCAGAUAAUUCAUGUAUACGUUUACACAAAGACAAAAAAGCAAUGGAUUCAUCAUUCUACACAUCAAGUCAAACAGAGUUCAGUGUGGAAACCAGAGGAAUUUAUUGUAUUACGACAGAGCAGUGAAAGUAAUAAUGCAGCUCUUUUCGAAACUUCAGGUGGAGCAUCACAAAUAUUGAACAUUCAUGUUUAG